GAUGUUAAUUUGAUGAAAACGAGUAAUUAAUGAACGUCGAAUAAUUAUUUGUUUGCGUUAUGAAGAGUAGCCAAUUAACGUCGAGAUUUUAUAGAUUGUUAAUGAAACAUGGCGGCCGUGUAUCAAUUUAGAAGCACAUGGAUUGUUACAAAGUUGGCGUUACAAUGUCAAAUAUGUGCUUUUUAAUAUAAAUUUAUUUAUGUACAGUUUCGAAAGGUUAUAAUUUUACGUUGAAGUAUAAAAGAAAGAAAAAAGAAAUACUUCGAUAUGGCAAACGCAGAUAAGAAAGGAAAGAAACGAGAAGCGGAGGAUAAUGCUAUGGAGGUCGAAGUAAUGAAUGGCAUUGAAGGAAAGAUUAAGUCUGCAUCGCGUACGAAAAGAGCCAGAAUAGUACGACGUGGUGAAUUUCGAAAGAUUCCCGUACCUGCCCAUAGAUAUACCCCGCUCAAGGAUAAUUGGAUGAAGAUAUUUACUCCUAUUGUUGAACAUUUACAACUACAGAUACGUUUUAAUCUGAAAACAAGGAAUGUAGAGAUCCGUACUGCUCCUGAAACUGCAGAUAUUUCUAAUCUUCAAAAAGGUGCAGAUUUUGUGAAAGCUUUCAUAUAUGGUUUCGAAGUAGAAGAUGCAUUGGCUCUAUUACGUUUAGACGAUUUAUUCGUAGAGACGUUUGAGGUUCAGGAUGUAAAACCGUUAAAAAGCGAUCAUUUAUCUAGAGCUAUAGGAAGAUUAGCUGGGAAAGGAGGGAGAACAAAAUUCACUAUAGAAAAUGUAACAAAAACAAGAAUAGUCUUAGCCGAUAGUAAAAUUCACAUUCUUGGUUCCUUUCAAAAUAUACAAUUGGCUCGCAGAGCUAUUUGUAAUUUGAUUUUAGGAAGUCCGCCAUCUAAAGUUUAUGGCCAUUUAAGGAAUAUUGCUAGUAGGAUAUCGGAACGAUUGUAAUAUAAUAAUAAUAGAAAAUUCAUAAAAAGUUUUCUUCUUUGUAUUCAUAUGCAAAUAUAUAUUAUAUACAAAUAUAUUAGA